CGAAGGCGAAACCGUCAGAUCACAUCCUGUCUCGAGUGCAGACGCAGAAAGCUGAAGUGUGACAAGUCAGCGCCAUGCACCAAUUGUACCCGCUUCCGGAGGGACUGCCUCUACUUGGCUCCCGCCAACGAUGCACAGGCACAGCAGAAACUGGCGGAGAUCAAGGAGAAAAUGGGCGCUCUGGAGAAGAAUCUCGAGCGUGAAGUAGCAUCUCGUGCCCAAAACGCUCGUCUGGGUGGCGGCAAUCCUAUCGAAGAAGAAGACAGGCUCGAGCCCACGCCUUUCACAACUCUGGACAAUGUAUAUGAAGACAAUAAUGACGACGAACUAAUGGAUCUGGGCGUGCAGAUGGGUAAAAUGCGAAUCUCAGAGCGCAUCGGUGGCUGGAUCAGACCCAAGCUAGUUGACGAGAUCAAUGAUACCCUUGAAGAUGUCAAAGCUGACAAAUCACGAUACUUAGCAUCUCCUCUACAGAAUGACCAUCACAGCCUGCGGCCAGGAGCAGGACCCAAGCUUCAAGCUGCACCCAAGAGCUAUAUUGGUCCUGGGCCUGACUACAUCGCACCCGCAUCAAGCUUCUUUUUCCCGGGUACAAACAUGAGCACGAGCUUGAUCGACUACCUCCCAAGUAAAACUGCUUCAGACCAGCUUGUGCAGCAGUACUGGCUGGCAGUCCACUACAUGUGCCGAACUGUUCAUAGACCAACCCUUGAAGCACAAUACGCUGUCUUCUGGGGCCAAAUAGCAACUGGAUCUGAACCCUCACCGAGUAUACAAGCAAUCAUGUUUGCCGCCAUGUUCUCGGCCGCCGUAAGCAUGAGUAAUGAUGCAGUGAUGCAGCGCUUUGGUACGACGAAGAACGCUUUAGUCGACAGUCUCAGAUCAGGCACCGAGAUGGCAUUGGCCAAAGCCAACUUCCUCCGCACGAUCAAAGUCGAUACUAUGCAAGCUUUCAUCAUGUACUUGAUACCUCUUGUGCGAGCAGAGGUCUCGAGAGCACAUUCAGCCCUUGUCGGUACCGCUAUCCGCCUAGCAGAAUGUAUGGGCUUGCAUCGCGAUGGCUCCCAUUACAACAUGACACCAGUUGAAGUUCAGGUCCGCCGAAUGAUUUGGCAUCAACUCUGCUUCCUCGAUAUGAGAACUUGCGAAGCCACUGGACCACGACCACAAAUUCGAGCGGAAGACUACGACACAAAGAUUCCGUGGAAUGUAGACGAUGUGGACCUUUUGGCAGACAACGCCGUGCCUGAAGAUAAAAUGCACUGGACCGACAUGACUUUCAUGUGCAUCCGAGCUGAAUGUCAGGAGAUGCGUCGGAAAGUCUGGUACGACAUCCUCCAGAUCGAUAAGAAAAAGAAGUCCCUUACUUCCGUUCUGGUCAAGAUUCAGAAAUUCAUCACUUCAAUGCAUGAGAAAUACAAGCGCAUGAUCGAUCCUACAAUUCCAAUCCAAAAACUCGGCGACCUGAUGCUGGAGACACUGACCAAAGCUCUUCAUCUUCAAUGCUUACACCGCUACCUAUUCAGCACGGCUCAGCGAAUGCCAGACCGUCUCCGUCAAGUGCUGAUCGAAGCUGGCCUAUCACAGAUGGAGACCUCCAUAGCCCUCGAGACCACACCUUCCAUGUCGCACUGGGUCUGGUACCGCGGCGCCUUCAACCAAUACCACGCCGCCCUGCUCCUCUUGGCGGAAGUCUACGCAUACCCCAUGCGAAAAGAAGCGGCGCGAAUCUGGAAAUGUCUGGACUACAUCUUCGAAAUCCCAGCUCAUCUCGCGCCCAAGCAAAAAGCCGAACUCGUCCUCACCGAUCUCAGAGAUCGCAUGGAAUUUUAUCACCAGAUGCGAAAAAUGAAGGUC